AUGUCUAACUCCCAGUCUCAGGCUCUCCCUUCCACUUUCCGAGCCAUCGUCUGUCACGAUUAUGGCCAGCCUCCCAAACUCGAAACCCUUCCAAUGCCUGAGGUAUUACCCGGAAGCGCCAUCGUCAAGAUCCUCGUGGCGCCAUGCGAUGCGAUCCAAAAGAACGUGCUAUUCAGUCCCAGGAACCCUUUCUUCAGCAACCCAACACCGUUUAUUCCCGGCGUCAGCGCCGUUGGACGCGUGGCUGCUGUUGGGCCCGACGCCACCAGUCUCCAAGUCGGACAACUCGUGUUGCUGGAGCCUUUCGUCCGUGGCCGCGAUGACCCCGAUGCCCAGAUCCUGAAAGGCCUAUUUGGAGGCCCGAGUCCUGCGGCGCAGAAGCUCAGUCAGGAGCACCUCUGGCGCAAUGGGAAUUGGGCCGAGUAUGCCCGCGUGCCGCUCGAGAACUGUCAUGCGCUGGACGAGAAAGCCUUUCUGGGGAAGAUAGAAGAAGGCAAUCUAGGAUACGAUGUUGCGGAUCUUCCAUAUCUCACAAAGCACCUCGUCGCCUACGGUGGAUUCCGCUCCAUCGAUCUCAAGGCGGGGGAGACAGUCAUUGUUACGCCGGCCACGGGCAGCUUCAGUGGUGCUGCCGUCGAAGUCGCUUCCGCAAUGGGGGCCCGAGUCAUCGCUGUCGGACGCAAUAUCAAUACAUUGCAGAGGCUUGCAGAAAACAUUCCGAGAGUUCACCCAGUGCAGCUGACCGGCGAUGUCGAGAAAGAUGUCGGUCCUCUAACCCAAUUUGGUCCCGUCGACGCAUUCAUGGACUUCACUCCGAACUUCCUGGCCACUCCAGUCCAUCUGAAGGCGUGCAUGUCGGCUCUGGGACAGUAUGGCCGAGGAGUCCUCAUGGGAUUUGCGCAUGGCGAUCUGUCCGUGAAUUACGCGCAGAUGAUACUGAAGUGUCUCACGCUCAAAGGGCAGUACAUGUAUGAUCGGGAGGACGUCAAGGGCCUGGUCAAGCUGGCUGAAAGGGGUGUUCUGAAGCUCGGAAAGAAGGCUGGAGUGCAGAUUCUGGGUCAGUAUAAGCUUGAGGAGUGGGAGAAGGCGCUAGAACACGCGGCCGAAAAUGGGGCUUGGGGACAGCAGGUGGUGUUUCGGCCAUUUGACGAAUAA